AUGAUGGAAGCUCUUGCUGUAUUGCUACCUCCGGUGCUCAUAGCACUCACCGUCAUAUGCGUUCAGGAAGCAUGGAGGAUCCGCCACUCGCUACAGGGCUACAAGCAAGUGACGAUUCGCGGGGCGUCGAAUAUGACAGAUGAAUAUGACCGCAAAUACACCAAACCCGCCUCCUCUCAUGACACUUCCAGAUGGCAGAUCAAGGCUUUGUACAUCCACCCGGUCAAGUCUUGUGGCGGAGUGGAAUUGGACGUAGCCGACGUGGAUGCCGCUGGAUUGACCUGGGAUCGCAAGUUCGCGUUCGCCGAGUUACUGACGCCGCGGACCAGGGGAGACGCUCCUGAAGAGGAAAAGAAGCCAAGGUGGACUUUCCGGACCUUACGGCAGCCUGGCUUUGAGAAAUUGGCUCUUGUGAAACCAGAGAUCUGGAUUCCAGAGACGGCAUCGAAGAAAACGCAGGGCAAAGACCAAGGAUUUAUGAUUGUGAAGUAUCCUCGUAUUCCCCGAGGUCCUUUGGCAGCCAUCAUCAAGUUCGUGGUGGAGCUUGGAUUUAUAUCUAACGAAAGGUCAUUUUGUGUGCCGUUGGUGCCUUCGGAAAAUCAUCAAUAUCCCUCUGAGCAAGUGACCAUUUGGAAGGAUAGCCCGCACUGGCUGAACAUGGGAGUUCACGUACCGGAUGACUUUCGUGCUUACCUUGAAGUUCGGAACCAACUCACCCUCUUCAGAGUCGAUCCCAAGAACUACCGAGAGGUGCAUCGCUGUGCACCCCGAAAAGAGCAGUUGGGCUAUCAGUCCGUGGUCGGUUUUGCAGAUGCUUAUCCCGUGCAUCUCCUCAACAUCGCGUCAGUGAGGGACGUGGCCGGAAAGGUUGGGAAGGACAUUCCUCGCCUUUCAGCGAGAAGAUUCCGAUCCAAUGUUCUGAUGUCCGGGCCUGUAGCGUACAACGAGGAUGACUGGAAAAAGAUCAAGAUUGGCAACCAUUUGUUCUACUGCGCUUGCCACACAGUUCGGUGCAGGCUACCAAAUGUCGAUCCUGAUACUGCGGAACGACAUCAAGUUGAGCCGGACAGGACUCUAAAGUCCUUCAGAUGCAUUGACGAUGGCGAUCCACUGAACGCCUGUCUGGGCCUUCAAUUAGUGCCGGCCGAGUCGACGACAUUCCAAAUUCGAGUUGGCGACGAGGUUGAAGUGCUUGAAAGAGGCGAGCACCAUUACAUCAAACAGUGA